AUGAAGGGCGUCAUUUCCGGCGCCGCGCUGGCGCUCACCUCCUUCGCCACAGCAGUCUCCAGCAAAGUCAUCCCCCGCCAACAAGGAAGCCUACCCGCCGUGACGAGCGAGGGCAACGCUUUCUGGGCCAACGGCGAGAGAUUCUACGUCCGCGGUGUUGCAUACCAACCAGGAGGUGCCGCAGACGCCGCGGACCCCCUGCUCGACUUGGAGGCCCUGCGUCGUGAUGUCGAGAACUUCAAAGAGCUGGGCAUCAACACUGUCCGCAUCUACACCAUCGACAACAGCCAGAACCACGACGAGGCUAUGGCGUUGCUGGAUGAGGCGGGCAUCUACCUCGCUUUGGACGCCAACACCCCAGAGUACUCUCUGAACCGAGAGAACGAGGCCUCGCUCCAUGCUUCGUACAACGAUGUCUACCUGCAAUCCGUCUUUGCUACGAUCGACGCUUUCGCUGGCUACAGCAACCUCCUCCUCUUCUUCUCCGGCAACGAAGUCAUCAACGCCCGCAACAACACCAACGCCGCCCCCUACGUCAAGGCCGUCACCCGCGACAUGAAGAACUACAUCCGCGCCCAAUCCUCCCGUGAGAUCCCCGUCGGCUACUCGUCCGCCGACGUCGCCGAGAACAUCGAAGCCCAAGCCCUCUACUUCGCCUGCGGCGACGACGAAAUCGCCCGCUCCGACUUCUUCGCCUUCAACGACUACUCCUGGUGCGACCCCUCCUCCUUCACCCUCUCCGGCUGGGACGCCAAAGUCGAGACCUACAAGAACUACUCCCUGCCCCUCUUCCUCUCCGAGUUCGGCUGCAUCACCAACACCCGCGAGUGGAACGAGAUCGCAGCCCUCUACUCCGAGAACAUGACCAUCGCCUACUCCGGCGGUCUCGCCUACGAAUACACCCUCGAAGCCAACGGCUACGGCCUCGUCGAACUCUCCGGCAACAGCGUCCAGCCCAACGAGGACUUCGACCGCCUCAAGGAAGCCUACGCUGCAACCCCCAACCCCACUGGCGACGGCGGCGCCCGCACCACCCGCACCGUCCCCGAAUGCCCACCCGAGACCGACGAGUGGCGCGUCGGCACAACCCUCCUCCCCGAGAUGCCCGAAGGCGCACAGCGGUACUUCGAAGACGGCGCGGGUACCGGCCCCGGUCUCGAGGGCGACGGAUCCCAGUGGGCCGGCGAACCCUCCGCCACCGAGCCGGAUCUCAGCAACGGCGUCAGCUCCACCGAGGCGCAGGAUACGAGCUUCGAUAGCAGUGCCAGCGGCGGCAACUCUUCUUCUUCAUCCAACUCGAGCAGCAGUGGUGGUGGCGAUGAGGGCGCCGCGUCGACGGCGAGGCCCGUUGCUAUGUUGACUGUUUUGGCGUUGGCGGUGGGCUUUGCUGCUGCUUUGUAA